AUGACCGUAAGAGAUAGUGAGGAAACCCAUCUAGCUAAACGACAGAAAACUAUUGAUGAUGCAGAAUCAGUAAGAACAACUUUACAGGAUGGAACAGGUGUAGAAUUUGAGAUUUUGCAGGGCUACAGAGACUUCGAUCAUGAGGUCAACAAGGAUAGGGUUAGCAUAGCCAGAAAUGGUGACAUUACUAUUGCAGUUGAUCGGUUGAAGGUUGUCGAUAAACUAUUCGAUAAAACGAGCGGUUUGGCGUCCAAUAGAAAUUCUCUAUUAGCUCAGGACGCGCGUGCAGUUCUAAAUAUUAGUGAGCUUGCUCAUCUCAGUGUCAGAAAUACAAAAUUUGAUGAAUCUAAAAAGCUUCUUGGUCUAGAAGACAUUUUAAACAGUGCCAAGAAGUAUAUGUUGCGGGAAUUUUUCCAAAUUAAUUCUCUAACAGAGGAACUUAGAACUACGGGUACAGAUCAUCUUGAUGAAGAGUCUAAUGAUCUAGAUGAGUCAACAGAAAAUGGAAAUGCAACGGCCAAUGCCGUCAACGGUGCAUCAGAGCAGGAUGAUCUAAGACAGAGGGAAAAUCGGCGUGCACAUCUUCAAAAUUUCGCGAAGUACGAUCAUUUUGGACAAUUUAACUGGUUCAAGAUGGGAGCUUUGUUUAAACUAAAAAGCAGAUCGCCAGAAAUCGUAGAUCAUAUCCUUGCUCCAUUCGCGUUGGAAAAGAAAAAGCGAGCACCUGUGCAGCGGAGGCUGGCUGAAACAGUAGGGCAAGCAUCGACCGCGGAGGUGCUUACGAGUAAUUCUUUGAACUCUACUCAGGAGAAAACAACCCCAGAGCAAGUCAAAAAAUGUUAUAAAGUGCUACUUGAGAAAAAUGGAACCGAUAGAAUUAAUUUAUUCAAAUUUAUCUUAGAUCCAAACUCCUUUGCAAGAUCUGUUGAGAAUCUCUUUUACACUAGCUUUCUUAUAAAGGAAGGUAAGCUUGUUCUUGAGGAGGAUAUCGAUGGAUAUCCAUCAAUAAGGCCAAAAGAAGGUCUGCCGCGUGACAAACAUGAACGUGAAAUCGAAAUCCAAAGGAGGAAUGUCGCAAGCCAAAAUCACAUUAUCUUUCAAAUGGAUAUGGCGACAUGGCGGUCCUUGAUAGAGAAAUUUAGUAUAGUGGAAGCGUUUAUUCCGUGA